AUGUCUGCUUCUUUCGCUGUUCCUGCUAACCUCCACUCCACCAAGACCGAGGAAAACGGCUCUGAAGGUCAAUCCUACAGCAUCAAGGCUGGUUUGGCUCAAAUGUUGAAGGGUGGUGUUAUCAUGGAUGUCAUCAACGCUGAACAAGCUAGAAUUGCUGAAGAGGCUGGUGCCUGUGCUGUCAUGGCCUUGGAGCGUGUCCCCGCUGAUAUCCGUAAGAACGGUGGUGUUGCCCGUAUGUCUGAUCCCCAAAUGAUCAAGGAGAUUAUUGAGGCUGUCACUAUUCCUGUCAUGGCCAAGGUCCGUAUUGGUCACUUUGUUGAAGCUCAAAUCAUUGAGUCCAUUGGUGUUGAUUACAUUGAUGAAUCUGAAGUUUUGACCCCUGCUGAUGAAGCCAACCACAUCAACAAGCACAACUUCAAGAUCCCUUACGUCUGUGGUGCCAAGAACCUUGGUGAAGCUCUCCGUCGUAUCAACGAAGGAGCUGCCAUGAUCCGUACCAAGGGUGAGGCUGGUACUGGUAACGUUGUUGAAGCUGUCCGUCAUAUUCGCACUGUCACCACUGAAAUCCGUCGUGCCUCUGUCAUGUCUGAUGAAGAACUCUAUGCUUAUGCCAAGGAUAUCCAAGCUCCUUUCAACUUGCUCAAGGAAACCGCCAAGCUCGGUCGUCUCCCUGUUGUUAACUUCGCUGCUGGUGGUGUUGCCACCCCUGCUGAUGCCGCUCUCAUGAUGCAAUUGGGUUGUGAUGGUGUCUUUGUUGGUUCUGGUAUCUUCAAGUCUGGUGACCCAGCCAAGCGUGCUAAGGCUAUUGUCCAAGCUGUCACUCACUUUAACGAUGCUAAGGUUUUGGCUGAGGUCUCUGAGAACCUCGGUGAGGCUAUGGUCGGUAUCAACUUGGAAGAUUUGUCUGAGAACGAGAAGUUUGCCAAGCGUGGUUGGUAA